GAUUGGAUAUAUAUUGGAUCUACAAUAAUGAAACGAACAAAAGAAAAUAAGAGAAAAAGAAUAAAGAGAAAGUGAAUGAGAAACGGGGGCGAGAGAAGAAUAAAAUAGCUUUAAUUGGGUGUUUGAGUUAAGCGGUUUGCAGUUUUAUUUGUUCCUUUUUUUCUUUGCUGAGCCUUUGUUUUGUAUUUUUUUCCAACUAAGCAUUCUGAUUGUAAAAGAUAUUUUUGUCAAAUUCAACUAUCUGCCAAUCUGUGUAAGAUAAGUUUAAAUUAUUAGAUUAACCACAACUGAAUAUUGAACUUUUCUAAUUAUUCUGCUGUUGUAAUUCCUUAUUCUCUAAUGUCUUUUCAGUAUUAAUUUGAAUAACAAAUAUUUGUGAGUGUGUGUGUGUAUAUGUGUGUGUGUGUGGGGGGGUAGAUGUCAGAAUUGGUACACAAAACACUGUUAUGCAUAUAAACUCAAACUAAUGUAAAAACAUAUGCAUCGAUGUAUCAAUACAAAGCUAUUAUUCAGUCUUUAGUUACAUGCAUAUAAAGUACGACAAAUAAUAGUAGAAAUCAGAUACUAAUCUGUUGGCCUACACACAGUUCACAGUUUACAUCGUUCCACGGGAGAAUUCUCGAUCAUGGUCGCUGAUAGUAACAAAAAGUCUCCUCCAAGCAGGACAUCCGAUGACAGUUCACAAACAAGUGAUAGUAAAAGUCCCGUGAAACUGCAAAAAAGGAUUGGGCUUUUUUCUAGCAUCGGUAUAAUCAUUGGUACAAUUAUUGGAUCAGGAAUAUUUGUCACGCCCCGAGGAGUCUACGAAGGAGCCGGGUCUGUUGGUUUUUCUCUCAUAAUAUGGGCCAUAUGUGGUAUUUUGUCAAUGGUUGGAGCAAUAUGUUAUGCAGAACUUGGAACAACGAUUACAAAAUCUGGAGGAGAUUACUCUUAUAUCCUAGAGGCAUUUGGUCCACUGCUAGCCUUUUUGCAACUAUGGGUUAACCUGAUUAUACUUCGUCCAACUGCCCAAAUAGUUAUUGCACUAACCUUUGGUUACUAUGCUAUACACCCGUUCUAUCCUUCUUGUGAACCACCUCCUGGUCUUGUGAAAUUGUUGGCUGCAUCCUGUAUCAGCAUUUUAACAAUUAUCAAUGUACUGAGUGUGCGGGCAGCAAUGAGAAUACAAGAUUUGUUCACCACAGCAAAAAUAUUGGCUCUUGUGAUAAUCAUAGUGGCUGGUGUAGUCCAGCUUGGUAGAGGUGAAGUACAGUUUUUUAAAGAACCAUUUGAAGGCACAAGUAUGAGUGCAACAAAAAUAUCCCUGGCAUUUUAUUCUGGACUCUACUCCUAUUUUGGAUGGAAUUUUUUGAAUUUUGUCACAGAAGAGCUUGAUGACCCUUACAGGAAUUUACCCCGAGCUAUCUACAUCUCACUUCCAUUGGUAACUGGUCUCUUUGUGUUGGUUAAUAUAGCUUACUUCACUGUUGUCUCUCCUUUUGAAAUACUUCAUUCAAAUGCAGUUGGUGUGAUAUUUGGAAACAGACUCUUUGGUGUAAUGUCUUGGAUUGUUCCAAUAUUUGUGGCUUUGUCAACAUUUGGAGGAGUGAAUGGAAUGCUCUUUACUUCUGGCAGAUUAUUUUUUGUUGGAGCCCGGAAAGGCCAUCUUCCAGAAUUAUUAGCCAUGAUACACCUCGAAAAUCUCACACCACUUCCAGCCAUUUUAUUUACAGGAACUCUGUCGUUAUGCAUGUUAGUUUCUGAUGAUGUACUGACAUUGAUUAACUAUGUCAGUUUUGUCCAGUGGCUUUCAGUGGGGCUCUCCAUUUUUGCCCUCGUUUAUUUGCGAUACACAAAGCCUAAUCUACCAAGACCUUUAAAGUUCAACAUAUUUAUUCCAAUAUCAUUUUUGAUCGCAGUAGCAUUCCUUCUUAUCAUCCCAUUUGUUGCGGCACCAAGAGAAGCUAGUAUAGGACUUAUAAUAACUCUGUCUGGAAUACCUGUCUACUAUUUGGGAGUCAUAUGGAAGUCAAAACCUGAAUUUUUCCAGAAAGCUAUAACUUAUAUAACAAAGCAGUUACAGAAGACAUUUUUGGUUGUUCCUUCUGACAAAUCAUAACAAUUUCAUCCAUUAAUAUUAACUUCCAUUUCUAUCAAAUGUUUCAUUUAAUACAGUUUUUUGGGGAUGGGACAAAAAAAAGGAGAAGAAACGAAAACGAAAUGGUAUGACAUUAGUGUCCAAGAAGUCAUUAAUUUCAGUGAUUAUUAUUAGUUAUUGCUAACUCCACCACUUUUUCUUUUUGUUUUUUAACUCCUGAUCCUUGCUUUAUCUUACCAAACCAGCAAUAGUUUCAGAUUGGACACUAACUGCACUUAACUCGUCUUUUGAUAAGAUGAAGUUUUUUGAAACAUGUUAUGGAGACUGCACACCAAUUACAUAUCCUCAGAAAAAAGACAAAAAUGAACUUUAUCCUUAUUAGAUGCAUCUUAAAUUCUAUUAUAAUGUAAGAUAAUAAUAUCAGAUAUUUUUCUUUAUCCAUAAAGAAAACUUUGUGUAAUGUAAAAACUGUGCAUAUUAAACAUCAUAAAAAAAGAAACAAACACAUCCUGAGAGAAACACA